AUGACCGACAAUGGCUUGCGCGUGCAUGUAUGUACCUUGCACACGACUCCGACUCCGACGGGCAAGUACCGGCUUGGCGCCAGGCGUACCGGUACCUCGCGGCCAGGCCUCGGGGAGGCAGCGAUGCAGAUGGAUGGCACUCGUCUGGUGGUGAACGAAUACGGAGCACAGUGCCCGAGCGGCGAGUACUUCCAUCUCGCCCUUCCCGUCUCGGCUCCAUCUCGAAUCAUUCGAUCCCUGACCAUCGCCUCACCAUUCCGCCUACUCACUAGCCAGGCACGCGAGAGCGAACCGUCCAUCAUCUUCUCCACCCUGUGCCACGACGGACGCUCUACCCGCCAGCCCUUCCUCGACCGCCAUGUCGCCUGCCCUGUCGCGGCUGAUAAGCUGACCCCGCCGCUCCAGCCGCUCUCGGCCGUUGGCUGCGGUGCGAGGACGAUACAAAUAUCCUCGUCGGCCCCCCCCGGAGGCAGCGAGACCGGCACCGGAAUCGGCACCGAACAGGCUGAGAGAUCUCGUCCAGACGGCCGGCCGACUUGCCUUUUCGCUCCGCUCGCAGACAACGGUAACGUGCCGCGCCGACAGCUGGCUCGACCGGACAGACCACCACCCGUACGGCCGGCAUCCCUCACGCCGCACCUGGACCUCGACGCAGAGACCAUGGAGCCCGAAAACGUGAUUGACCAGGACGUCGACGUCCUCGAGCACAAGAUAGGAUACAAGCAAGAGCUGCGCCGGUCCUUUUCGGCCCUCCAGUCCUUCAGCCUCUCCUUCGGCAUGAUCGGCCUCGUGCCGAGCAUCUCCGCCACCGUUGGCUUCGGCCUGUACGCCUCCCCCGCCAGCCUCGUCUGGUGCUGGCCCGUCGGCCUCCUCUUCAUCACUCUCAUCGCCAUCUCGCUCGGCGAGCUCGCGUCGAGCCUGCCGACGAGCGGCUGCUUGUACUUUUGGACGCACCACUUCGCGCCCGAGUCGAUCCGGAACCCGCUCUGCUUCUUCGUCGGCUACGCCAACACGCUCGGCAACCUCGCCGGCUUCAUCUCGGCCGAGUACACCGUGGCGACCAUGAUCGCCUCGGUCGCGUCCAUGGCCAACGACGGCGCCUGGUCGCCGUCGCGGGGCGAGCUCUACGCCAUCACGCUCGCCGUCGUCGUCAGCCACGCGCUCCUCUGCGGCUCCCGCACCGACCCCCUCGCGAAGCUGCAGAUCUUCUACAGCAUCGGCAACCUCGUCAUCAUUCUCGCCCUCGUCGUCGCCCUGCCGGCCGUGACGCCGGCGGCGAAUCGCAACUCGGCCGCCUGGGUCUUUGGCCACGUCGAGAACGCGUCCCCCGGCUGGCCGACGAGCUUCAGCUUCAUGCUCGGCUUCCUCGUCCCCCUCUGGUCCGUCACCGGCUGGGAGGCGACGUUGCACAUCUCGGAGGAGACGGCGGGCGCGACGAGGGCCGUGCCGAGGGCGUUGCUGACCGUCUGCCUCACGACUCUCGUCCUCGGCUGGGUGACGAUCCUCGCCAUCUGCUUCUGCAUGGACCCGGACGUCUCGCGCAUCAUCGGCAGUCCGCGCCCGCCGAUGGCCCAGAUCCUUCUGGACUCGUUUGGCAAGACGGGAGCGCUCGUGACGUGGAGCUCCAUCAUGGUCCUGACCUGGUGCAUGGGUUCGUCCUGCCUCAUCGCCACCAGCCGACAGGUCUGGGCCUUUUCCCGCGACGGCGCCUUUCCCUUGUCGACCUACAUCGCGCGCGUGUCGAGCUCGGGCGUGCCGCGAUACGCCGUCUGGUCGACGUGCUUCGUCGCCGCCGUCAUGGGUCUGAUCUGCAUCGUCAACGAAGCGGCGACCGUCGCGCUUUUCUCCCUCCUCAUCGCCGGCUGCUACACGGCCUACUGCAUCCCCGUCGUUUGCCGCCUCGUCUUCGGCCAGCACAAGUUCACGCCCGGUCCCUUCUACACGGGACCGACGCUGAGCCGCGUCAUCGGCUGGACGGCCGUGGCCUUUGAGGUCGUCAUGUUCGUCGUAUUCAUGUUCCCCAUCAAAGGGCCGAAUCCGUCGGCGGCUGAGAUGAACUACGCCUCCGUCAUCUUCGUCGCCAUGACGCUCGCCGUCGUCGUCUACUGGUACCUGCCCGUCGUCGGCGCCAAGCUGUGGUUCCACGGGCCCAAGAACAACUUUAACAGGGAGCCGCGGGACGAAGAGCCCGUCGUCAGCGAGUGCGAGUCGCCAGUUUCCAAGUCCGCCGUCGAUGUCUGA